AUGGUCUACAAGCCUGGAAACUAUGCUCGGGAUUUCUUUAAGAAUGUGAAGGUGCCUCUCGUGUCUGGGACCCAGGAUUUAAACGACCCGACAAAUGUCACAGUUCCUGUCUACAGGAUGAUCAAUGGCCAGCUUACAGAAGUAGAAACCACAGUUCCGGUAUUGGAUGUUCAUGAACUCCUGGACUACCUCCGAACGGAAUUGAAACUGGCUCCACCCACCGAAGUUGUUCAUAAGUAUUGGCAGCACCUUCGUGAUUGCGACAUGCCUCAUGCGAAACAUUUUCCUGGAACGGAUGACCAUAUUCCAUUUACACUUUACGGAGACGAAUGUGUGCUUGGAGACCCGAAAGACAAAGUGACUGGCAUUUUCCUGAGUCUGACGCUUUUCAAACCCAAGACAAUCAGGGAAGGGCAGUUUCUAUUAUUUUGCAUGCAGGAUGAACAUAUGGUCCACGAUGAGCUGAAAACCCUUCGGCCUGUUCUGCAGCAUUUGGUGUGGGGAUGCAACGUGGCUUUUAAUGGAGUGUACCCUGAAAAUGAUGCUUUCGGGCGGCCGCUGCCACUGAAGAAGCGCCGCUGGGCAGGAACCAUGAUGGCGGACGGCUGCCGGUACGCCUGCGCAGAGCUGCGUGGGGACUGGAAAUACCACGAGAGGAUUCUACGCUUGAGAGCUACUCCUGUAUCCCGGGAAUGCUGUUUUUUCUGUGACGCUGAAGCUAGUGAUGGAAACCUGCGCUACUACAGUAUUGGUGAUGAGGCGCCGUGGGUUGCUACAGAGACCAACACUGCUGGCUUGAUCAACCGGGCGUUCGAGGAAUUCAAAGCUUGGCGCCGACAGCAGAAAGUUCAAU